AUGCCACGCGAGGAGUUCGACCUGGAAAGUUUCGAGAAUUGCAGGCAGGCAGCAGGCAAGGGGGUCACCAGUUGGCUGCUCAGUGGGCAACGCCACGCGGCCGAUGGCGAUGUCAUGGCGCUAUUCUUCUUGGCCCCAGGGUUAGGCUUCGCAGUGUGCUUGAUUCUGCUUGCCGGGCUUGCGGGCGCUUGCAGAUGCGCAUGCUUCUGCCGCCAGGUCCAAGGCGUCGAGGCCCUGGCGCGCGUGCUGCAGCGCGCGGUGGAGAUCGAUUUGCAGUUCGCGUCGUCGGGGGAGCUGCCCGAAGACAGCCCCAACGUGGAGGGAAAAGCGACGAGCAUCUUCGCCGUGCUCAUGUUCGGGCUUAUGUCCGCUCCAAGAACAACAACUUCUCCGUCGUCUCCUUCUUGA